AUGUUCAUAGAUCUUAAAAGAAAUAAAGAUUGUAUUAAACAUCAUGCUUUAAAAAUACAUUCUAUUUUCUCUCAUAAUGCUGCCUGUAAGCAUGUUUUUAGCAUACUAGAAUGGUAUUUUGGAAAAAGGCAAACUAGAUUAAGUGUUGAACAUCUAGAGAUUAUGGCACAGAUGCAUUCAUAUUUAGUUGAGAAUGCCAAAUUAAAACUUAAUUAUAUCGAUCUAAAUAUUUGCCAAAAGAAUUUCUUAUCAGUAUUCAACAAAAUUGCAAUAUUUAUAAAAGACAAUACUGAUUUAUUUAGUAAAAAAGAUUCAUUUUCUUUUUUAGAAGAACUUAUAAUAAAAGAAGAUACAGAAGAGUUUUCAGAAGAAUCAGAUAACUUAGUUAAAGAAAAUUCAACAAGUUUAGAAGUCAAAAAUCUCAUGACUUUAUCAUCCAAAUUAGAGCUUGAUAAGUCUUCAA